AUGGACAAACAGCGAACUUAUGUCGCAGGCCAACCAUUUGACUUACACUUCUACGAUUCUGACGUCCGAUUGCUCCAGACAUCUACGUCAAAUGAUUCACUCCAGCAAGGUCGAAAGGCACAUAUCCACAUGAUGGCCAUUUGGGAGGACAUCUAUAUCCACCUUUACUCUCUUAGGGCUCUUCGCAGUAGCUCCACUCAUAGACAGCAUCACAUCGCCAAUCUGGAUCGCCUCUGCCGCAAUUGGUAUUCCCGCCACUCAGCUCUCCUGACAACCCGCUGCAAUACCGAAAAGUCUGCCCUUGAGUGCUGGCAUAUCGAACUGAAAUAUGCUUUCCACAUCGGCCAAAUCCUGGUGCAUCGCUGCUCCAAUGAGGAAGGUAGUCAGCAGGUUGCACUGGUCAAUUCACGUGCUGCAUUGCAAAUUAUUCGCGAUGUAUUUCAGUCCAAGCAUUCCCAAGGAUCGAUCUGGUUGUUGUCCAAGUAA